CGGAGUGAGAGGUUGUUACAUUCCCGCUUCUUUGCUGACAGUGGGUCCUUUCCGCUCUGCAGGAAUUUCUCCUGCAGUGAUGAACUGAGCACAGGGCGAAGGUCUGCCAACAGACAGGACUCCACAUUUCUGAGGCAGGAAUGAGACUCCCCCACCGCUGAGCUCAAGAUGAGAGAGUGGUGGAUCCAUGUGGGUCUGAUCUGCAUCCCGCUGGUGGCCGUGUACCUGCACAUCCCGCCCCCUCAGCUGUCACCUGCCCUGCAGAAAUGGCACAGUGCCGGGGAGGUGUUCAGCUUCAGAGGCAGGGACAUCUUCUACAGAGAAUCCUAUGGUGCUCUGGGGAGCUCUGACGUCGUCCUCCUGCUCCAUGGCUUCCCCACCUCCAGCUUCGACUGGAACAAGAUCUGGGAGCCUCUCACUCAGCGCUUCCAUCGAGUCAUUGCACUGGACUUCCUGGGUUUCGGCUUCAGUGACAAACCUCGACCCCACAGGUACUCCAUCUUUGAGCAGGCCAGUGUGGUGGAGGCUCUGGUGGCUCACCUGGGUCUGAGCAACCAGCGAGUCAAUCUGGUGUCUCAUGACUACGGAGACACUGUGGCCCUGGAGCUGCUCUACAGGAGUGACCAAAACCGCUCAGGUCACCUCAACUUUAACAGCCUGUGUCUUUCUAACGGAGGAUUAUUCCCAGAGACACAUCACCCACGGCUGCUGCAGACACUUCUGAAGGACUCCAGUUUCCUGGCUCCAGUUCUGACGCGGCUCACCAACUAUAUGAUCUUCCAAAAAGGGAUUGGAGACGUGUUCGGUCCGUACACGCAGCCCACAGACGCUGAGUUCUGGGACAUGUGGACGGGUAUACGCUACAAUGAUGGCAACUUAGUGCUGGACAGCAUUCUGCAGUACAUCAACCAGAGACUGAAACACAGAGAGCGAUGGGUGGGCGCGCUCACCUCCACCUUCGUCCCAUUGCACAUGAUCUACGGACCCAUGGACCCAGUCAACCCUCAUCCCCAGUUCAUCCGCCUUUACCAGCAGCUGGUCCAGAGGUCAACAGUCACCAUCUUGGACGAACACAUCAGUCACUACCCUCAGCUUGAAGAUCCCACCGGCUUCCUCAAUGCAUAUUUCAACUUUAUCCACUCCUUCUGAUAGGAUGCCAAACGCCAUGUGUUCAUGAAGUAAUUCAGACCCUCAACGAGCUGCUCUGUAGUUUUGCAACUCUUAUUCAAAGUGAUAAAUGGUCACAUGUGGUGCAAAGACCUUUCAGGAGCCAAGCUGCAUCAGUGUGAGAUGUUAAUCACAGGUGAUGGGCUCAUUUACCAGCAUCAAUCCCUAAAAUGUCAAGUACUAACAGCAGACAUCAAAUGUGAGUUAGAAACAUGAUUAAUUGUGUUUAAUGCAACUUGAUCUGAAGGUGACAGUGUUAAUUUAUGGAGCCUCUGUCAGCAUGAGAGUUUCGUUUGGAUGUGUGAUUAUUGAACUUUUCUGUGGGAUGCUGUUUUGGUUCCCUCCGUUUCUGUUUUCAGAGUUCUGCAAUCAGCUGCACUCUGAAUGAAUUUUGAUAUGAUUUUCUACAUUUCUCUUGAUGUCAAUGAAAAAACCUUAAUGUCAGCUUUUC